CAGAAACCGAAAGUUGCACAAAAAAAGUAAAUUGUAGUUUCCAUCAAAUUAGAUGAAAUGGCAUCUUUUCUGGUGCUAUUUUAUCUCUGCUUGAGCUUGGUCGAUGCAGCUCAAAAUUUUCAGGAAGUAUCUGAUUGUCCACGGAAUGCAGACACAUGGAAAAUAGAAUCGGACAAGAAAAAUUGUCAGGAGUACACGCCCGACUAUCUGUGUGCAGCGAUAGAAAACAAUGUUGGGAAAUUCGGGGAAAUAUGCACGAAAUAUGGACUCUCCCCUGGAAGAAAAUGUGCUGUGUUGAACAACCAAACCCAUAAUCUGGACUCUGUAGACUGUAAAGCAGCCGCAGGAUGUCCAAGAAACCCCUACUAUCCCUCGGAGUUGUGGAAAUAUCCCAUAUGCUAUGCAGAUUUUUAUGGAACAACACGAGCUCCUCACACCACUACCACAGUCCAGACAACUGCUCCUCAAGUGUCAGGACCAAAAGACGACGAUGGUGGAUUAGGAGAAGUUGUGUUUGCUGUCCUGAUCUCUGUGGCUAUAGUGGUGUCAGUCGUGUUUUACUGCAGAAACAUGUUUGGUUUCAAGGAUAAAAUGCAUCAAUUAUUUGAUGAUAUCAGAAAUCAUCUUCUGGGGAACAGAGAGGGUGAAACAAGACCCUCAGGUAGAACUGAUUUGGAGGCUGGAGUAUCAGAUGAUACUGGAAAGCCUUUACUUUCAGGUAAUGAGGCUCCUGUAAAUGGCUCAGAAAAACAGAAACAAGUAGAUAAAGCGAUGUAUGCUACAGUAAACAAGGACAGAUCAAGGGAGAAAGAUACGAGGAAAGAUAAAAAAGAUGUAACAGCUGGUGAUUCAAAUGAACAAAAUGAAUGGAAUGAGGAGGAAAUGAAAAUGAAAAUUAAAAAACUCAACAUUCUUCAAGAGUACCUGGUUCACAUCUUAAGGAGGGAAAUAGAUGUUAAGGAUCUAAAGGAAAAAUCCAUCAUUCAUUCUAAAUCCCUUGGAGAACAUUUCACAGAACCGGUUUUGCAGGAUCUUUACGGAGUUGAGAAGUCUGAUGAUUACAAUAAGCUAGACAUGUCCCUGGUAUUUGCUUUACUAAGAAACUUUUGUGUAAAUUUUAAACCACCGACGAAAGGCUGGGACUAUGAACCUCCAGAGGAUGAACGGACAGUUGGUGCUGACAUUGAAAGGAUACGAUCUAUGUGGAAUAAAUACUGUGAUAAUGACUAUGACUUUAAGAAUUUAGAUGAUGUUUUCAACAGAAUGAGGAAUAAAUACGGAACUGUAGCUGUUCAGAAUGAUAUAGAAUCACAAAAUAAGGCACAAGAUGCGUUGGGAGGUUUUUCGGAGAUAAAAGAAAAGAUACACAGUAUUAAGCUGAAUCCAGACUGUUAUGUUGAGAAAGGCAUUGUGGUGACUGGAGGGAUAAAGUCAGCAAUUCAGCUUUUGGAAACAGGGAAUGUCGUAAUCUUUAAAGGGGCCAUAGGAUGUGGUAAAACUCAUGCUUUAAAAGCAAUCAAGAACAAAUAUACAGAGAAAAGAUGGAAAGUAAGAUGGAUGGAGGAAAACUUACUUCCUCUAGAGGAAAAUAUGGAAGAUAAAACAAUUCUGAUUUGUGACAAUCUUUUUGGAAGUUUUGGUUGUAAUAUAUUUUCCUCAAGUAGAUUAUUAAGUUUUGAAAAUUUACUGGAGUGUAUGCGUGAAAAAUCAAGGAAUACUAAAGUUGCUGUUGGAAUCCACCAACAUGUAUUUGAUGAAAUAAAAAAAAAUCAUAAUCUAAAACUCCUUCAAAAUAAAAACAUAACUGUUGAUUUGGACAAACUAACAAAAUCAGAAUUGCUGCUUAUUAUGAGAGAGCAACAAAAUGAUGGUCACUGUAAAACAGAUCCAAAUUGUUGGUUUAAAACAGUUGAUACCACCAAUGUUCUGGAUAAACUUAGAGAAAACCAGGGCCAUAUUGGAAGUCCUUUUCUUAGUUUGAUGUACUGCCAUCAUCAUGAUUUAUUUUCUGAUGUAGCUUUCACCAAAGCCCCUCUUCAGACAUUAACACAACGAUUUCUGAAAAUGAAAAGUGAUUCAGCGAUAGACUAUUACAUCCUUGUUUACUUGAUGUGUGUUAGAAAAAAACACGAAUAUGGAAAUGAAUUGGCCGAAUGGGCAAUUUCAAUUAAUGCAUUUGUAUCAAAAGAGUAUUUGCAGAAAACUGCUUCAAACUUUCCUGGGUUCAUACGAUUUGAAAAUGGUAGUGUAACACUUCGUCAUGAAGUGCUGAAUAUAGCUUUACUCAAAGCUACUUCACAUGUUGAUGCAGAUUUCUUGCCAGUUGUUCAGAAAUGUGAGCUAGAAUUCUUACUGCAACUGAUGAGACCUGCUGGGAGCGGCAAUACUGAAUUCAGCUGUUGUUUUCCUUAUCCAGAAAAAGGCAACACUAAAUAUAGAAAAAUUGGCAAGUUCUUAGUGAAAAGAUUUGCAGACUCAUUCAAAACAAACUGGGAAAGUAUGGAGCACCCGCUGAAAAAACAUGAAUUUUUUGUUGAGAAAUAUACGCGAUAUUUAACAAGUAAUCCCAAAGAAAAAUGAAAACUGAAGAGAGGGAGAGAAGAAAAAGUGACUAAGACAUAUUUCAUGAAUAUUUGGAUGUUAACAUCUUAAGUAGGCUUAUUUUAAAUAUGUGUGAUUAAAAAAGUUAUUUUUAUAUGGUUUAAAGAUACUAUUUGGACAUACAUGUUUUAAAAAUACUCUUUAAUCUUAAUGCAUAAUAGAGCUCAAUGCAUGUUAGAUCUUAAAGUGACUGGACAAAUAUGAUAGUGUAUAUUUUCUUCAUUCAGGUUUCUUAAAAUGAUAAAAUACUUGAAAAUCUACCACAUAACCAUUAACUAUUUAUGUAACGUAAUGGUGCAGAUAAACACGAAAUUGUAUUUAUACCCGGAUAACAAAUCAAUUUCCCGGGUAUAGGCGUACUUUAAGUUUUAUAAAAUAAAUGGAGGACCAGCUGAACCACCGUUGAAAGAAGUCAUUUGUCCAUUCUAACCUUUACUUGUUCAAAUUGAUAGACUUCAACUGUCCGGUUGUAAUCGAAAAUUAGUUACAGUAACCCAAUCCUAAAUUAUUAAAUUCUUACCGAUUCCCAUCACUAGUAAUAAGGCAUGCCUUAGAAUUGCUGACCCAUUUUAUAUUAUUAUGUUCAUGAUUUUUUUUUUUUCACAUGAUACAAACAAAAAAGGAUGCCUGGAUUGGUAUAUAUUUCUUGGCCUUAUUUCAUUGCAAAUGAUGCAAAUAAUAAAUUUCUAAAAUAUAAAGAAAUUGUAAACCUUCUGUGAUGUUCCAAAAUGUGUCCUUCUGAAACCAUCCUUAUUAAUUUAUAGAAAUAUUUUUUCACUUUAAAUUCCAUUUUUGUGAAAAUUUGAAUAAAAAAUGAAAAACUACGCGGUGAAAGUUAUUCAUUUUAUUCAUUUAAACAUGACCCAAAUUGUUAUUUUCAAAUUCUUUGACAAAAGUUUGAUUGUAUAAUCUGUCCUUAAGAAUUUUUGAUUUUAUUAAGAUUGCUAUCUAUCACGAUAUUUUGUAUUAAAGAAAUAUUUUACAAAAUUUUAAAAACUUCAGAAUCGAAAGAUCUUGUUCAUUCCGAUUGGUUAUUCAGGGCCCUCUUUUGCAGAUAUAGUUAAAUCAUAGCACUUGACCAUAAACUGAGAACGAAUUUAAGUAGAAAUUUUGCACAGUUAAAAAAACUAAUCAAAAUGUUCAUCAUGUAAGAGUAUUUUGAUGACACUCAAAAUGCUCAAGUCGUUUAAGCACUUAACUAUGUUUAUUUUAGUACGAGAUAUUUGAAAUAUAGUUUUUGACGUAUGUCUAUUAUCUGUUUAUGACCUUGAUCUUUGUGCAAAAGUGUACGUAUAAAGCAUAAUCUGUGUGACUUCCUAUAUUUGAUGGUAAUUUGUCUCUUGUUAUUCUGUUCCAAACUUUUUAUAUUUUAACUUUUAUUUAAGACUUUUUUCAUGCAUAUGUACUAAAAAGGAAAUAAGUUCUUCAUUUCAAAUAAUGGAUAACACUAUUGUACUUUUAAAACUGUGUAUUGUGUAAAGCAUAAACCUAAAAUUGUGAUUAAAUGCUUUCAAAAUAAAAAUAAAUGCUUUUUAAUAUGAAAGAAGAACCUCUGAGUUGUUGAUUUAAGAAUUCUGAGUUAAUUGUUAACUUGGUUUGAAAU